AUGCUUUCCAGACUGCAUUCCACAGCGCUACUGCUGACGGCUGUCGCUGGCUGGGUUCUUCUCUCGUCCAGCUGCGUGCAAUCCUUUUCCGCCCCAUCGUAUUCCCGACGCGAAGCCGUGGCGGCAAGUAUCGGUUGGACCACUGCCGUUCUGUCCCAACACAGUCCAGCGUGGGCGGUAGCCGCUGGACCUCCCACGAAAGAAGAUCUGGAACGGAUCAGACUCGGACACGCGCAAAUUGUCGAUUUACUCGACAAUUUUGAAGCCGCUACCACCGUAUGUCGGGAAAAUGGGGGAGAAUGCAAGCGAGACGCCGAACCCAUUCGGAAGGUACUCGGACUGCGAUCCACCACGGAUCCACUCUUUCAGAUUGAAAAGGUUUUUAAUAAAGUCAAGAAUAUGGAUUUGGAUCCGGACGCGCUGGAAGCAUUUUUCGAAGCCAGUGAGGACUGGAAUUCGGCCAUGAGUCUCAGCAAUUCAAUGGCGUUUAUUUCGCAAUUUGGUGAGUACAACCCAGGCGGGGGUAAGGACGAGGUACUCAAAUACCUCAAUGAAAGUAAAAAGCAAGUCGUUGUUGCCGAAAAAGCCUUGAAGACAAUCAUGGGGAGCCUCGGCAUUGACGGUUAG